AUGAACGUUUAUAGGCAGAGAGCAGGAUUUGAGAGUGGAAAAGAAAACAUUGUUAAUCACUACUACUCUGACUCCGACACCUACGUUCUUGUGGACGCCGUCAGCGUCAUAGCAAAAAUGACACGGGAGCAGGUGUGGGAGAUGUAUGGAGGAUUCCUAAUUGAGUAUUCCAUGGAAAUAGGAUGGGACGACCUAAUCCGCUCCAUGAGCCCAAAUCUGAAGGGAUUUCUUGACAACCUGGAUUCACUCCAUUAUUUCAUCGACCACGUGGUAUACAAAGCAAACUUACGAGGGCCGUCUUUUCGGUGCGAAGAUAAUCCCGAUGGUACAAUCACUUUACAUUACUACACCGGAAGACCUGGUCUUUACCCAAUCGUGAAAGGAGUGCUACGCGAGGCAGCUAAACGUGUUUUCAAGCUUGAUGUUGUUCUCACAAUCACCGGACGUACACAAAGAAGUGUACAAAUGGCUACUGGGGAACGUGUCGAAGAGCAUGUUAUAUUUCUGAUUAAGGUGAUUUUAUGA